GUGGUCGCAGGGGCUGUUGUUCCACCAGGCUCUGGUGGACUGCGGCCGGGCAGCCAUUCUCAUCCCGCUGGGCCGCUCCAUCUACAGCUGCUUGCCAGUGACCAAAUGCUCGCUGGUGGAGACCGCCUUCCUCUUGCUGGUCACGGUGUCCACUAUCAACAUGUUAACAACGGUAUUAAGUCAAGUGCUGAACGACGCGCCGCUCCUGCCCGAGGACUCUGACCAGAAGACAAUGCCGCUCCUGAUGGAGUCGCCGCAGUGUGUUCUCUUCGGCACCUUCAUGAUAUGGUUUGCCUCCAUCACCAUCAACCUGGGACCCACCUUUCUCUCGGGAGCGCUCGCCGCUAACAUUGACGAGGAGCACAACGCCCCGUCCUGCCCGCUCAUCACGGGACCGCUGCGCCACUACGUGCUCAACGUGCUGUGGAUCGUGACCAACGUGCUGGUGGUGCUCCUCACCGUGUACCACCUCUACAAGCUCUACCGGGACCUCUCCACCUCGUCGCUGGAGGCCGUGCGCAUCGCCUCCCUCGUCACCACCAUGAUCAGCGUCACCCAGCCGCAGAACCAAG